GAAUGUGUUCUAAUUCCACCUCCACUUACAGUAUAUAUAAAAAGGUACCAUCAUUCAUUAUUCAAACAACCGAAAAAUCUCCUCUGAAUUUUCCAAGAAGGAAACUAAACUUUUUAGCAGAUAUGUCUGGAAUCAAAGGAAAAUGUGUUGCCCAGAAGAUCCAAUGCCAAGAUCCAUGCAACCCUUGCCAAAACGUAGUAGUCUGCAAAGAUCCAUGCAACCCUUGCCAAAACGUAGUAGUCUGCAAAGAUCCAUGCCAAGACCCAUGUAAGCCUCAUCAUCCUCACCAUCCUCACCAUCAUCACCAUGGCGCCGUUCAUGUUCACCAACAAGAUCCAUGCAAUCCAUGCAACCCUUGUGUUGUCCCCUGUUGUCCUGAUCCGUGUGAUCCUUGCCAUGGCCAUGGACAUGGACAUUUCUGCUGUGAUAAAUGAAGACAUCAUGUUUGUGUCUAUAAUCUGAUCUACUUAUUUAUUUCUCUGCAAAAUAAACCACACUCCUCUCAUUGUACAAUGUUAAAUCCUGAAUAUUUUGUCUCUGGUUAAUUAAAUCAUCUCAAUAAAGCUUUGCAACUGA